CCGGGAAAAUGUUUUACGCCAUAUGCGUGUGAGAGCAUCUGAACUGUCUGCCACUGACAUACAACCAGGAAGAAGGAAGGUGGGAUAGCGCUAACAAAGCUAAAAUCCCUUUUCUGUCUGAAAAACUUUACCCAGAAAAUAAUGGGGUUUUCCAGGUGGAAGAUAACUGUGGUGACCUUGCUGUCUGCUGUGGGACUGUUACUGCCGGCCCGAGCGGAUGAACACGAACACACGUAUGUAGAUAAAGAAGAAGUCGUGUUAUGGAUGAACACGGUGGGGCCCUAUCACAACAGGCAAGAAACCUACAAGUACUUUUCCCUUCCGUUCUGCGUGGGCUCCAAGAAGACGAUCAGCCACUACCACGAGACCCUGGGGGAGGCGCUGCAGGGGGUGGAGCUGGAGUUCAGCGGCCUGGACAUCAAAUUUAAAGACGAGGUGAUGCAGACGACGUACUGCGAGAUCGAGCUGGACAAAGCCAAGCGCGACGCCUUCGUCUACGCCAUCAAGAACCACUACUGGUACCAGAUGUACAUCGAUGACCUGCCCAUAUGGGGAAUUGUUGGAGAGGCAGACGAAAACGGAGAGGAUCACUACCUUUGGACGUACAAGAAACUGGAGAUAGGUUACCACGACAACAGAAUUGUUGAUGUGAAUUUAACCAGCGAAGGGAAAGUCAAGCUGGUCCCGAACACGAGGAUCGCGAUGUCAUACUCAGUGAAGUGGAAGAAGUCAGAUGUGAAAUUUGAGGACCGAUUCGACAAGUACCUGGAUCCAUCUUUCUUUCAGCACAGAAUUCACUGGUUUUCCAUUUUCAACUCGUUCAUGAUGGUGAUCUUCCUGGUGGGCCUGGUCUCCAUGAUCCUGAUGAGGACGUUGCGGAAAGACUACGCCCGAUACAGCAAAGAGGAAGAGAUGGAUGACAUGGACCGGGACCUGGGGGACGAGUACGGCUGGAAGCAGGUUCACGGGGACGUGUUCCGCCCCUCCAGCCAGCCCUUGCUCUUCUCCUCCCUCAUUGGCUCAGGCUGCCAGAUAUUCUCCGUCUCCUUCAUCGUCAUCAUCGUGGCCAUGGUCGAGGACCUGUACACAGAGAGGGGCUCCAUGCUAAGCACUGCCAUCUUUGUCUACGCUGCUACAUCUCCGGUCAACGGCUACUUUGGGGGGAGUUUGUACGCAAAGCAAGGGGGGAGGAGAUGGAUCAAGCAGAUGUUCAUCGGGGCCUUCCUGAUCCCCGCCAUGGUGUGCGGCACCGCCUUCUUCAUCAACUUCAUCGCCAUGUACUACCACGCCUCGCGAGCGAUACCGUUCGGCACCAUGGUUGCUGUUUGCUGUAUCUGUUUCUUCGUCAUUCUGCCCCUGAACCUGGUGGGCACCAUUCUGGGCAGAAAUCUUUCUGGGCAGCCCAACUUCCCCUGCCGCGUCAACGCAGUGCCUCGGCCUAUCCCCGAGAAAAAAUGGUUCAUGGAGCCGGCCGUCAUCGUUUGCCUGGGGGGAAUCCUGCCCUUCGGCUCCAUAUUCAUUGAAAUGUACUUCAUCUUCACCUCCUUCUGGGCCUAUAAGAUUUACUACGUGUACGGGUUCAUGAUGCUGGUCCUGGUCAUCCUGUGCAUCGUCACCGUCUGCGUCACCAUCGUCUGCACCUACUUCCUGCUCAACGCGGAGGACUACAGAUGGCAGUGGACGAGCUUCCUGUCUGCAGCCUCCACUGCAGUUUAUGUUUACAUGUACUCGUUCUACUACUACUUCUUUAAAACAAAGAUGUACGGCUUGUUCCAGACGUCCUUUUACUUUGGAUACAUGGCUGUGUUCAGCACGGCACUGGGAAUCAUGUGUGGAGCCGUCGGUUAUAUGGGAACAAGUGCCUUCGUGAGGAAGAUCUACACCAAUGUGAAAAUUGACUAAAGUAACCAUGGGAUCAGUGGAUCCACACGCAGCUUGUCCAACAGAGUCGGGCACACGUCGUUUUUUGCGGGAAGAGAUUGUGGUAUAUUACUUUGUACAAGUGUAGUUUUCCAUUUUCCGAACGGAUUCAAGAAUGCGAACCGAGAAAGUACUAAAGCAAAAUGAAAAGCGCUUCAAUCAGUUAUGUUUUAGUCCACUGCUUUGAUUAAUAAUUUUUUUUAUUUUCCAGAGCAAAUGCUUGGGAGUGUAUGCAGUAAUAACUACCACCCCCCCCCCCCCCACUUCCCCAUGCAAACCUCCCACCUCCCAAAAAAAAGAACAGAGCUUAUUACUGAUGAACUGUGCAGCUCUCUUCAGUGAAGAGGACAGAGCUUAACGAAAGCGCGUUCUGCUGUGUAAAAAGGGAGAGCUGGACGCCUUUACGCGCUGAUUUGGGAGUCCUGUCGAAUUUCCGAGUCAGUCUCAGUGCCGUCAUUCUUGAUCUCUGGUUUCUACAUUUCUUUGUCACACUAGGGCCCUCGCAUAUGUUUUGCGGGUGCGUCGCAUACACACCGAAAGCUAUAUUAAUGCAUGUAAUAUAUCAGAUUUAACGGGGGAAUGAAAAACGUUCCCUCAUUUGUCAUUCAAUGAAAAUAAAGUCCAUCCACCCAAAGAGUGAGGCUUUGGUCAAAAAUUUUAGUUCCUCGAUAGUUUACUGUACAGGUAGACCACAUACAGUAAAGUGUAGGAUUUGGUGAAAUAUUUUGAGGUACAGUUUAAGUGACAGAUUGUUUUAAAUUGGAUGUUUGAUGUGAACCUUUUUUUUCCAGUUUAGUCUUAUCCUUUUUUUAUUGUUUGGGUUUGAAUGAAGUCCUUCUCGUAAAGAUAAUAUAUGAAUAGGGGGUGUAACAUGUAUAUAACCUUAAAAUAAUGUAACUUUAGAUGUAGAACCCAAAUGUAUUUGGUUGUACAGAUUUACUACAGUUUUUAAAAUGGAACAUUCAGUAUAAAAGAUAAAAAUAUUUUUUCCCCUUUUAUUUUUAUUUGUUUGCUCGGGGGAGGUCAGCUCAGAUACAUCUUGCCUGGAAUUGCAUGAAUUACCAUCUAAAUGUAUGUCCCGUUAUACUGAGUUUAUCCGUAGUUACACCCAACAUUAACAGAUUGCCUCUGCCCAGGGUAUGCAGCCUCUAGAUUUCUUUUUCCCCUAAUAAAAUGUCCUGAAUUGAACUAAGAGCUGCUUGCAGAUGUAAUGGUUACAUUAACAGAUGGCGAACGGACUGAUUUAUAUUUUAUGAUUUAAAGCGUUAUUUGGCUCAUAGGCCAUUUCCCAUGUCUUGGUUUUAGUUUCUCUCGAACCUGAAAAGAAAAUUGUGAAUGUCAAUAGGAACGAGGCACGUGCCUAGUUUCUGCAAACAUACUGUACAAAAGACGCUAUUGCACACUUAACUGGAUGUUUUCACUGUGUUACACGUUGCUUCGAAAAAUAUUUCCAUGUGUGUUUUUAUGUAAAUACAGUACAUAACUAAAAAAAAAAAAGAAAGAAAAAAAGUCCGAUGGCAAUACCUUGUCAUUUCCAACGUUCCCACAUUGGAGUAAAUUCUGGCUCAAUUGUGCUCUGGCGGGGCUCAAAAAGAGCUCAUUUUCUGUCGAGUAAAGAGAGAAACGAGCUUAAUGUUUAUGUACAGGUGUCGAUUGCACACGGUGUGUUAUAUGAAGGUGGUGACGUUGCGCUCGGAAGUGUCGAAUUGUAUAAAGAUUCCGUUUCUACUCGGAGCUGUUCGAGGCUAACCGGCUUGCGCCCAAAGCCGACUUAAAACAUUCUGUGUGCAUAAAAUUGGGGGGGUGGGGGGGGAUACAAAACCUGUAAAUGAUCAUUUCUUAAUCAUUAGAAUAAAAAUGAUAAUGGUGUGAUGAGUUUUUCCCACUGUUUACUUCAUAUUUUUGUACCGAGUGUGGUUUAGAUUGUGCUUUACAUUUUUCUGCUUUUUUUUUUUAAGCUACAGAAGGCAAUACUUUUGAUUUUUUGUUUUAUUUUCUAUUCACGUCAAUCAUUAAGUACAGAAUUAUUUAAGUAUUCUUGUUGGUUGCAUCCUGUUUUCUAUUCUUUAAAACUUUGGUAAAAUUCCAAUGUUAUGCCAUAAAAUUAAUAAAACAAGCGGAAUAUUAA